AGUCAUGGCGUCGUACAGUAAGCUGACAGAUCUGUUUUCCAUUCAGAGCCAACUAGACUGCGCUUUAGAGGACGCGACGACUCAAGAAGAGAAGGAGAAUCUCGUACAUCAGUAUUUGAACAAAAUAGACGAGAACGAGGAUUUAAAUAUCCCGGAUUUUGAAGAGGGACUGGAAUGGCUGAAUACAGAUGGGCCCCUGUCGCUCAGGAAGGAGCUGUCUGGCAAAGUGGUGGUGCUUGACUUCUUCACCUACUGCUGUAUAAACUGCAUGCACCUACUUCCUGAUCUACACCAGUUGGAGCAGAGUUACACCAUAGAAGACGGUCUGGUCGUCGUAGGUGUGCAUUCAGCUAAAUUCCCCAAUGAGAAAGUCCUACAGAAUGUGUGCAGUGCCGUUCUGAGAUAUAAUAUCACCCAUCCUGUAGUGAAUGAUGGUGAUGCUCAUCUGUGGCAGGAACUUGAAGUGUCCUGCUGGCCCACGCUGGUGCUGCUGGGACCCCGGGGGAACUUGCUUUUCUCCCUGGUGGGUGAAGGCCAUCGGGAGCAGCUUUUCCUCUUCACUAAAGCUGCCCUCAAACAUUACAAGGAAAAAAGGCUGCUGAAGGACCAUAGUUUGAGAAUGAAACCAUAUAGAGACUCCCUACCCCCCUCCAUCCUCUUCUUCCCUGGGAAAAUAUCCAUGGACCCCAGCAGCAAGAGAUUGGCUAUUUCCGACACAGGACACCACAGGAUACUGGUGGUCUCCAAUACUGGGCAGGUUCUGCACUCUGUAGGGGGUCACUCAAGUGGAAGACGAGAUGGAAAUCUGUCUGAGGCACAGUUCUGCUCCCCGCAAGGGGUGUUCAUAAAGGGAGACACUGUUUAUGUGGCUGACACAGAGAACCACCUCAUUAGAAAGAUCGACCUUUUAGAGGGAAAAGUUUCGACCUUAGCUGGAAUUGGAUUGCAAGGCACAGAUAAAGAAGGCGGUGCACCAGGAUCACAACAGCCAAUCAGCUCACCCUGGGAUGUUACCCUUGGCAACGCAGGUGGUGAUGUAUUGUGGAUAGCCAUGGCAGGAACGCAUCAGAUCUGGGCUCUCUUCCUGGAAGACGGGAAGCUUCCCAAAGGGAGCGAAAGCAAAAAAGGAACAUGUGUGCGCUUUGCGGGCAGUGGGAAUGAGGAGAAUAGAAAUAAUGCAUACCCUCAUAAAGCAGGUCUGGCCCAGCCAUCAGGCCUGGCUCUUGCUCCAAUGGAGCCCUGGGAGUGUCUCUUCAUUGCGGACAGUGAGAGCAGCACCAUUCGCAGCCUGUCACUAAAAGAUGGAGCAGUCAAACAUGUGGUGGGGGGAGAGAGAGACCCUCUGAACUUGUUUGCAUUUGGAGACGUUGAUGGUAAGGGUGUGGAUGCAAAGCUGCAGCAUCCUUUGGGAAUCUCCUGGGAUGAGGGCAGCAGCCUCCUCUAUGUGGCCGAUUCCUACAACCACAAGAUCAAAGUGGUGGAUCCAAAAACUAAGCACUGUAAGGUGUUGGCAGGCUCUGGAUAUGCGGGGAGUGGUCUUGGCCAGGGCUUCCUGGAGUCCAGCUUCAAUGAACCCGGAGGCUUGUGUGUGGGUGAUGGGGGAAAGCUGCUAUAUGUGGCAGACACCAAUAACCAUUGCAUCAAAGUCCUGGAUCUGGAGACCAAAACAGUCUCUUUGUUUCCUGUUGUAGAGGAGACACAGGUUGAUGCUAUCCUCAAAACCACUACCAAUGCUGUGGUCCCAAAAAAGAUUCCCAAGCUUCCCAGAUCAGCCCCAGUCCUUACCAUGCCAUCAAUCAAUGUGUCUUCAGGGCAAUCUGUUACUCUCUUACUGAAAUUGGCACUGCCGACUAGGACCAAACUGACUGAAGAAGCCCCUAGUUUCUGGAGCCUGUCUGCAGAAGGUAAUGAGUGGUUACUGGAAGGGCAAGAUGUGACUGGGAACAUCGGUGAUCUCUCCAAACCCAUCUCUGUCCUCUCGUCCAUCCCAGCAAUCCCUCUGGCCCCAGACCCAACGUUAACACUUGAUGCCUGGGUCUACUGCUGCCUUUGUGAUGGUGGGGCUUGUAUGAUGAAGGCAGUGUCCUUCAAACAGCCUUUUGUGAUUUGCUCUACACCCCAAGAAGGUUCUGUGACCGUUACGCUUGAACACAACUUUUAGAAUAGCCUUGCACCAUCUUCCAUGUUCUGAGAUUUGAGUAUGGAGAUUUAAAGGGAUAAUUCACCCAAAAUGAAAAUCUUGUCAUCAUUUACUCACCCUCAUGUUGUUCUGAACCUGUAUGACUUCCAAAAAGGUAAAUUUUUUUUUAAGAAUAUACUGGGCACUCUUUUCUAUAUAAUUAAAGUAAAUGAUGACUGUGUCUGUCAAGCUCCAAAUAGACCAAAAAACACCAUACAAGUAGUCUAUAUGACUUUUGUCAUAUUGUCAAAGUCUUCUAAAGUCAAAUUAUAUCUUUAUGUGAGGAACAGAUCCAAAUGUUAGUUUUUGUUUAUUCCAGUAGGCUAUUAACCACUGCAACCAGUGUAUUGAAUCAGUGAGUUUAACUUGGGAACCGGAUCAGUUUGAUUCAUGAACUGAUCAUCCUGAUUCAUUGAAAAUAUCCAACUCAAAAGAAUGAUUCAUUCACGACUCGGAUGUCAAAGGUAUGUGUCAAGGAAAGCUAUGGUGUGUGUCAGGAGUUUCAAAGAAAAAUUAAAAAUUUUGUUCCUUUCCGCACACAAAGUUAUAAUUUGUCUUCAGAAGACUUGGAAUAUUAUGCAUAAGUUGCAUGGACCACUUUUACUUCACUUUAUGAUGAUUUGUUUUGUCAUUUUCUGAGCUUCAAAGCCCCAGUCCCUGUUUGUUUUCGUUAAAUGAAAAAGGGUGGCCAGGAUGUGUUCCACAAAAUAAAAGUCAUACAGGUUUAGGGUGACGUAAUGGUUAGUUAAUGACAAACUUUUAUGAGUUAACUACUUUUAUCAUUAAAACCACACAUGCCCUCUGUCUAAUAAAUACUAUAAUAAUCAGACUCAAAUGCUCACAUCAUAUUCAUCACUCUAGUGAAGGAUUGAAGCUACUAAUUGUACAGAUCUAAGGCUUGUUCAACAGUAUAUGGAUCUGACUAUCAUCUUAACAAAUACUGAACUAAAUGACUCUUUCUAAUUGGCAAUAUUUUGUACCUGAACCGCUUUGGUUCUGCUGGGCUGAGUUCUGUUCUAUGUGUUUGUGUCUGGAGCUGUUUCACUUGAUUAAGCUUAUGUAAUGCCUUCGUUAAAUCUCCUGAUAUCAUAUCAGCCAUCUUCAUUCACUCACACACAUGCUUACACAAUAAUAUUAGAAAUAUUGUUGUAUAAAAUGUAGCCAGCUGCUCUGCCACCCCUUCACGGUUUGUUUGGCUAAUAUUGUUACACUUUCCCACUGUAUUUUUCCUCUUAACGGUAUGACAUAAUCUUGUAAAUGAGCAGUCUGACUUAAUGCUAUUUAAUGGGCAUUAUUCAUUAUUGUUUACCAGGCUAAAGUGCCUUUUAAAUGAGCAAUACACUUUCUAAGAAUGAAUUAUGUGUUGGAAAUCAAGCAGUGACAUUAAUUUAUGAAAUCAUGACCCAUGUACACUUAGACAUUAAAGUUUCUAAAAAAUAAAAGCUUCUCAGAAUGGUUAUGCAUUAACAAGGGAAAUUGCAAUGUAUUUCUGAAGCUGGCUGACACGUGAUCGAUAGUGUGCUCACUGAUCAUUAAUCAGACCACACAAUUGUUCUAGACUGUGCAGAAAUAGUCACUAAACAUUUGUUUUUAUUUUUAUGCUUGCUUUUCCUCUGGUGGCCUUAAGGUUCUUGCCCAUAAACUAUUUAAUAAAACUUAUAUGUAUAUUUC